AUGGCUACCAAAGGAGAGACCGAGAGUUUGAGCGAGGAGGUAAUUUGUCCCGUCUGCCUGGAUUUCUUCACCGAUCCGGUAUCACUGGAGUGCGAACACAACUUCUGUCGCUCUUGUAUCACACGAUGUUGGGAAAGGGAGCAAAGAAACCCCUGCCCGGAAUGUGGAGAAAUGAUUGCUGACGACACCCUUAGGGUGAAUCGGGCCUUAGCAAAUCUGACACAAAAAUUUCGGAAUUUAAACCUGAACCAGAAAGGGAAGGAAAGUAAACGUCAGUGUGAGGAACAUGAGGAAGAACUGAAGCUGUUUUGUGAAACGGACAAGACACUGAUCUGUGUGAUCUGUGCAGCUGCGCAGGAACACAGAGAGCACCGCUUCAAGACGAUUAAAGAAGCUGUUAAAAUUUACAAGGAUCAGCUAAAAUCUUCCUUAGACUCUCUCACAAAAAAGAAAUCAGACUUCCAGGAAAAGGAGCAGCAACAGAAAGAGAAAAUUUCCGGAGUUCAGGAACAGUCACACAGCCUUCUGUCCCACGUCACAGCACAGUUUGCUGAACUGCGCCAGAUUAUCACUGAGAAGGAGCAAAUCUUACUCAGGGAUCUCAGGGAAGAAGAGAAGAGGAUUCUCAACCCAAUGGAGAAAAAUCAUCUCGCUCUUCAAGAGAAUAUAAGGAUUAUUCAGGAGGAAAUCACUAAGUUAAAGGAACAAAUGGAUCAAAAAGACAACGUGAUAUUUCUCAAGGAGGAAUCUCGUCGGAACAGGAGGAUUAAUGACGAUCUCCAGGAAUUGUCAGUGACUGAUGAGACCCUAUCGGUUGAAAAAUUCGAUCACCUCUAUUUGUUGAAAACAGUGCUGAGAGAAACGCUUGAUGCUAUUAAUCGAGUCUCUGUCACCCUGGAUGUGGAAACGGCGCAUCCGUAUCUCGAGGUGUCUGAGGAUCGGAAGAGUGUGAGACGGACCCGGACCCGGUGGAAUCUCCCUGACACCGGGAAGAGAUUCACAUACUGGGAAUGUGUGCUGGGGUCGGAGGGAUUCACAUCGGGGAGACAUUACUGGGAGGUGGAGGUGACGGGGAUUCGGAGCUGGUGGCUGGGAGUCGCCGCAGAGUCUGUGGAGAGGAAGAGACGGGCCAUACUGAGACCGGAGACUGGAUUCUGGAUCAUCGGGCGGGUUGGUGACGUGUUACAUCGGGAUUAUGACGUGUUAUAUCGGUAUUAUGACGUGUUCCGUGGUCUCCCCUCCCCCUGGUCCCGUCUCGCUGCCGGUCCCAUCCCCGGAAGGAUGGGAGUUUAUCUCAGUUACGAGUCCGCGACAGUUUCAUUUUACAACGCGGAGACCAAGUCCCAUCUCCACACCUUCACUGGGAAUAAAUUCACGGGGAAACUUUAUCCUGUCUUUCGGACUGGGGAUGAAAACCAGUGGCUGAGAAUCUGCUCCGGUUCCGCUCCGGGUCUGGAAACAGAUCGGGUCCCGGGACUGGCGGCAGGAGUGAAAUCCCUGUAA